AUGAAGUAUCUCAGCAUUCUCGCCCCGGCCCUCGGCCUCCUGGCCACCACUUCCGCCAUGCCGCUCGAGGAGCGUGACGACGUCCAGACCGUCCACCUCACCUUCCACGCCGGCCCGACCAACUACACCAUGGCCAUCCCCGCCGACGGCAGCUCCCACGACACCAACCACAACGACCUGGCCGUCAACAUCAUCGACGCCCCCGACUACAACGCCUUCUACCAGUGCGACUUCACGGCGGUGGGCAACCCCACCCUGGCCAGCAGCAUCUCGCCCACCGGCCAGAACCAGAUCCUCGUCGGCCCGCCUUCCCCGAUCACCCAGGUCAGCUGCCAGGGCAUGUGCGUGCCCACCUACAGCGACUGCUACCGCGACGGGCAGUACGUUGGCCCCUGCUGUGCCGGGUUCUGCGCUGCCAACAAGUGCCGGCCGUGGGUCAGAUCGUGA